CUGGCCAUCCUUCUCUCAAACUGAAUGUUUCUCACCUCUGCUCCGUUUCACAACUUUUCACUCCUCCUCUCUCCAUCUGUUUCACUCACUGCGAAAACACAAACACGCUUUCGAUUGAACCUCUUUUCCUCAACGCCCCUCUCGGCCACUCUCGCCUGGACUCUCCUGCAGGAAGGUUGUACUUCUGUUGACGAGUCAGGAUGCGUUGCGUGACUUGGUUGUUGCUGGGGACCUGCCUAAUGGUCCUGGGCCCCGCGGUGAAAGGAGUCCCGGCCCAAUGUCCGAGCCAGUGCCACUGCCACGGCGACCUGCAGCACGUCAUCUGCGAUGGUGUGGGGCUGAAGCGGAUCCCUCAGGUGUCUGAGAACACCCGUCUGCUGAACCUACAGAGGAACAACCUGGGUAGCAUAUCCACGGGGGCCUUCAGCGAAAGCAAGGGACUCAUCUCUCUGCACUUGCAGCAAUGUCACCUCAGGGAGAUCAGAUCCCAGGCUUUCAAGGGGCUGAAGAAGCUCGUCUACCUCUACCUGUCCAACAACGAGAUCACCAGCAUCAAGCCAGGUGCCUUCGAGGAUCUCGCAGGACUCACCUACCUCUACCUAGACGGGAACCAGAUCAGCGACCUGCCAAAGGGCAUCUUCUCCCCCAUGAUCAACCUCUUCGUUCUGCAGCUCAGCGACAACAAACUGCAAGAGCUGCGGCCGGGGACCUUCACGGGCGCCAAGAACUUGCGCUGGUUGUACAUGAGCCGGAACGAGCUGACGACGCUGCAGCCGGGCUCCCUGGACGAAGUGGAGAACCUCGCUAUCCUUCAUUUGGACGAGAAUAAGAUGUCCACCUACCCCACGGUAGCCAUGAGCAAACUGAGGGUGGUGGAGGAGCUGGCGCUGGGGAAGAACCCCAUGAGGUCCAUCCCCCCCAACGCCUUCCAGAGCUUUGGACGCUACAUGUUGAAGCUACACCUGGACAACAUGGGCCUGGAGAAGUUUUCUGAUGGCUCGUUCAACGGAGUGAAGGUGGUCAAUUCGCUUCAGCUGGACCACAACAAGUUAAGGUCCCUUCCCAAAAGCCUCGAGUUUGGCACCAUCACCAACCUCACCCUCUCCCACAACCUGUGGAGCUGCUCCUGCCAGCUAGCUCCUCUACGCAGGUGGAUGGACUCCACCGGGAAGCGUCCAGACGCAGUGUGCUCAUCUCCCCCGUCGCAGAAAGGCAAGCAGGUCAGAGACAGCACCGGCUUCAGCGACUGCAAGAGCAAGUCCAAGACAAAGAGAGCCAAGCAGGUCGCACGGCAGUGAGCUCCGUCCAGGAAACACGGAGAAGGAGCCUGUCCAGGUGACCGGCAACAGCGAAGGCAACGCUUACUGAACAUACUUUAAGACUGUCCGUCUAUUCACAUGCCACAUGUUGUCAGCAGUGCAAGCAAACGCAUUCACUAACGUUACACAUAUGUUACAUACAAAUGCAUAUGGACCAGUUUUAAUUUCAUUCAUUUAUAUCAACGAUGGAGAAUGAGGUAUGAAAUGGAAGCAGGUAAGAUGCACGAAACCAUCAGAACAAAGGUUGGAUUUGAAUAAAUAAGGGCUUCAAAUAACAUCAAGAUGCAUGUUUUUUUUCCCACGGUGCAUUCAUGACCUCACAAGGGUUGCAGUUACAAGCAUCAGCGGUUGUUUACCUUCUCUGAAAGACUUAUAAAAAGCAAUUUAAAUAUGAUCCUAAAUACACAGAACAGAUGAUUUAAUAGAUUUGUUUCCUUUACUGCCAUCUUUACUUUCCGAGAUCCCCUAAAAUACUACAAAGCUUAUUUUUUCUCAGAAUGUACAAGAUGUGGAUGAAUGCAGGAUCAUUAAUGCACAUUUCUGGUUAACAUUUUAUUUAAAAAUGGUAACAACUUGGAGGGUGUCUGAAGAGUUGAUUUUACAGAUAUUAAAUGUAUAUUCCGCUUCUUUACUUUCCUGGACUUUUGGAAAUGAUAACGAGUGCUUACAUCCAAUAAACCUUUUACAAAAGUGA